CUCGCCGUUUUCCAAAGGCCGGUCGCCGCGAAUCGCCGAGCGAAUUCUGUGUAGUAAUGCGCUGCGUUGCUCUGCACGUGAAAAAGGUGCUCUAUAUCUCGACACCGAUUGGUUUUCCAUUCUCGUACGUUGACAAGUACGCCGAGCAGUGCAGACUCUCGGAAGCCAACAGCGUCCCGCCCGCGGCAGAAAAUUAUCCACGUGUAUGUCGCGUUAAAAGUUCGCAAGCCGAGACCUAGUAACGGUUUCUGGGCAAUUUUUGGGGGGUGUUCUUUCGCUAACGAAAGAUCUGGGCGUCUCGAAACCACCUUCAUCGUUAGAACAAAACGCGUUUCUCGUUUCCCUUCCGUACCUCGCCUGGCGGGGUACCGUCGUCGAGGUUUUGUCGCUCUUGUGUUCGUAAACUUGCAAACGUCAACCCACGAAAACGCAAGCAUCUCAAAGUUUUCACGUCGCGCUCUUGGACCUUCUGACGAAAAGUAUUUCGGCAUUUUUCGUCCGCUUCACUACGGAACACGUCGUUCUCCAGCAGCAGCUUGUCACAAGAAAUGCCGCGCCACCUGUAGUCCAGCCAAGACCCAACUUCAGUCUCAAGACCUGGACGAUUUCUUUCCUUUUCGGAAACUGCAUUUUCUUUCAACCGUUUCCUUCUUUGCUGAAACAACCAGGCUCGCCGUGUUCUCUGCAUCAUGGCGAUUGGAAAAGUCAAGCGUAACCCCGACGCGGGGGUCGCCACUGCUGUGCAGUCGGUCAUCCAACACCAAACGUUCAAGCGCAUGUUGCUUUUCGGACUGCGUUCGCUCGCGGAUUUUUGCAGUCCGUCUAACCAGCUUUACCAGGAAAAUGCCUUGGAUGCACUGGAUCGAGGAGUGCUGUCGGCCAUCCAGACUGCCGUCACCACCUUCAGCGACGAUGACGACCUGAUGCUUUGCGCCUCGCGCGUCCUUUGGGCCAUGAGUGUUGCCAUCAAGGAAGAAAUGGAUCCGGCGCACAUCGCGCGCGUACACUCCGAGGGUAGCCCCGUGAUUGUGGCCGUGGUGAACAGUUCGCCGACGGAUCCGCAGACGAUCGAAGACUCGAUGAACUUCGUUGACAACCUGAAGCGUGCAGGAGCGCCGGUCGACGGGGCGUCGCUGGCAGGGGGGAUGUUGUCGAUCUUUACGAAGACGGCGCUGGACAUGAAGACGGCGAAGCGCGUCACGGCGGCCCUCGCGAUCGCCGCAGAGACGGCGGAGGGAUCGACUGCGCUGUACAACGCUGGUGGCACGAGCGUCCUCCUGACGUACUGUUUGGACCAGGGCGACUUGUCCGACGCCGGAGUCGAGAUGGUUGAGGGCGCCUUCGACACAGUGCGCUACAUGGCGGGAUACCAGUGCACGGACGCGACGACUCUCCCGCAGUGCAUUGCGUUGAUGGACAAGUACCGAGGCCGGAAGAGCGCCUCCGCGAAGGGAAGUUCUGCGCUCGCGGCGAUGAUCGGACCGGAGCAGCUGCAGAAGUGCCUGAACACACUCAAGACGGCGGAGGCAGGCUCGGCGGAGUACGACGAGGCUCUCGUGACCCUCGGCAGCAUGUCGUACAUCAGCUCGUUCACGGACGAGAUUGUGCGCGCAGGUGGUGUGCCGCUGUUGAUCGAGCUGAUCAACUCAGGGCUACCGCAGAUGGAAGGCAAUCCCGAGAAGAUUGCAUCGAUGAUCAGCGGCGCGGCCAAGAUGUUGGCGCGCAUCGCGUCGAAUCCCGUGAACGUCGACGCCAUCGUCCAGGCGGGCGGCGUCGCAACGCUCUGCACGGCCGUCUCCUACUGCACCGAGAGCAUGGAGGCUCUCGGCGCGCUCUGCAUGGCGCUCGUUCCCCUCGCCUCUCGCGAGAGUCUCGCCCACGAGAUCGUCCAGUAUCAGACGUUCGCGACGGUCCUCCCGAUUCUCUACCAGAAUGUGGAGUCCCCAGAGAUCGCGGCACUCGCCAUGGAGCUCGUCGCAACAGGGUCGCAGCACGAGGAGAUCCAGGAGCACAUGCUGCAGAACCAGGCAGCCGAAAUCUGCUCGCUCUGCUGCCAGUACCACACUGCGGAUGCUUCCUACCAACAACAUGCCAUUUCAGCGCUCAACAGACUCGUUCCCCGCCUCACCACGCUGCACGGAGUCAGCGAGUACGGCGGCAUUCAGGGUGUCAUCGCUUCUCUCAACGCCAACGUCAACAACGAACAAGUCGCCCUUCUCGCCGUGCAGCUGCUCGACAACUUCUCAGAAGUUUCAGAUGCGAAGACGUACAUGAGCGACGGAACUUGCGUCGACGCGGUUCUGGCUGCGAUGUUGGAGCACGAAGGCAAUGAUCUGCUGAUCAGCGCUGGCGUCCAUUGUCUGGCGCGCAUCGCGACGGAGGACGACUGCGCGCGUCACUUGAACGUUCUGGACACUGCAAUUCAAACGGCUCGUGGCAACCCCGACGGAGUGUACAGAGUCCUCGCCGCCAUCUCAGGUCUUUCGCGCGUCCCCAGUCUCCGGCAAAUCUUUGAAGAAAAAAAUGCAUCGGACACCAUCUUGGCCGGCAUUUCGUCCUGGAUCGAGUGCUCGCGAUUUGAAGGCCAGAACCGCAUCAUCAAAGCUGCGUUGAAGACGGUGAAAAACAUGAAGAUCAGCGGCGAUGGAGACUUGACGUCUUGCUUUGCCGCUAUGUGCGAUGUUGCCUGUCUCCCGCAAGUGAAGCGCGUGGUUGAGUUGGAGGAGCCAGACAACAACAUCUUGGUCGCAGACACGGCGGCGUUUCGGGACCUCGCGGCGACGAUGCGCAUUACGGGAGCGGAGAAUCUGGAGCGGUGCAUCGAGAGCGUGUUGCGAGUCAUGCGCAAGUACCCCGACAGUCGGCGCGCGCAGCUCAACUGUUUGGAGACCUUGAACUACCUGGCGCAGUGCGACGGCGGCGAGGGCGUCGCGAUUCUUUCGCGGACUGGCGGCCUGAACGCCGUGGUGCAGUACCUGACGCGCGCGCCGAUGUAUUUGGACGCGCAGAUCGCGGGAUUCACGGUCUUAGCGACGAGCGCGAAGAUCGACUCGAACGUCGGGGAGACACUGCGCAAGUGCAACUGUCUGCAGGCGCUGAAGGUAGCGAUGCGGACGCAUGCCAAGUCGAAGGAGUUGAAGCGGACGAUUGCGCCGUUGGUGGCGUUGCUGAUGCCGACCGACGCGCUCGAGACAGAGAUUCAGGAGCUGCUCAACGAGUGCGCGAGCGCUUGCGAGAAAAACAACUUCCCGCAUCUCCACGAAAACUUGGCGGCGCUGAACGAACUGCUGAUCUCGUCGGAGGGCGCGAAGAUCGCCGCGCGACUGGGCAUUGGCGCCCAUAUGUGCAAGUACCAGGAGUACAUCUCCGCUCACGAGCAGGACGCACUCGCCGUGACUGACUACGACAUUCUCGGAAAGGACUUGUUCGACGCCACCGUCAGCGAAUGCGCGCAUGCCAUGGAGCAGGUGGCGUCGACGCGGUCAGGCCGGAACGCACUGAUCAAGGCGGGGAACGUCGCGACACUCAUCAGCCUGUACGAGUCGCUCAAGGCCCCGCAGAGCCAGUACUCGGAGGAGGCUGCGAUCCACUGCCUGGAGGCGCUGCGGAUUUUGCUGAAGAGCGACAAGCGGUCGGCCGAACUUGCGUUCGAGAGGAACUUUGUGAGCACUUUGUGCGUCGGCAUCGACAGCUUCCCGCACAGCGCUCCCGUCCUCGGAGCGACUUGUGCGUGUCUUGCCGCUAUGGCGACGACGCCCGAGCGCGUCCAGAUGCUAACGGCGCAACCUGCCUUCGAGUCGCUGCUCCAGAAGCUCGUGUUUGUCAUUCAGAACGACCCGAGCAAAGACAACAAGCUCGUCGCGAUGCGCGCGCUCCAGGAACUGGUGGAAAUCACCAACGACGCCACGAUGGCGAACAAGAUCGCCGAGGCAGGCGCCGUCACUGCGCUCUUCAGAAUCAUCGACGAAUACGGAGACGACGAACAGCUCACCGUCCAAGCGGCCGAGGUCUUGGCGCUGCUCGGCGCCUUCGAAGAUCUGCGACGCUUCUACGACAACGACGUCCGCUUCCCUGCUCAGGUCCUGACGGCUGCGCUGACGAAGCAGAAGAACAACGAGACAGCAGUGGUGCAUCUGCUGGACGUAUUGAACAAACUGGCGACGUCUGAAGAUCGUGCGGUCCUGCGGGAGCUCGGAGUGAUGGAGCAAGUGGCUGACGCGAUGCGCGUGCAUAGCGAGAGCGAAGCAGUCACGCGUUUGGGCGGCGAACUGUUCGCGAAGAUGGGCGCCGACGAACAGAUCAAGUCGCUGAUGCUGCAGAUCAUCGAGACGGUGGAAAGCGGCGCGGAAGAUACGGCGCAGACGGUGGAUAUUCUCUGCGGCCGACUGGCCGUGUUCCUCGCGGCGCCUCUGGAGGACCCAAGAGACGCGCUGCAGCACACCGAGAAGUGCCUCGGUAGCCUCGUCGCGACUCUCCAGACGUACCCUGGAAGUGAGAGACUCGAAGGCAACGUCGCUCUCGUCUGCAGACGUCUCUGCGACCGGUGCUUCGACGACGCCGAUGACCCGUACGGCGCCUGGGCCGUGGCGGCCUCAGGCAUGCUCGCUCAGUUCGCUGGAAUGGUCGCCGGAGAGACCGUCCUGGCCAACAAGAAGUUCCUCGGCCCUGCGUACCGCACCUUCACGGCAUGCUGCGCGAACGCGUACUGCAUGCCGACUAUGGUCGAGGUGGCGCCGUCGUUCUUGCCGCAGACCUAUACGCUGCUCGAGAUGCACAAAAACGAUGCCGAGACCGUCGCACGCGUCCUCGAGUUCCUCCGGUACUUCGCCGAAGACCCCACCGCUUGCGGACUCAUCGUGCAAAACAUGAGCGGAUCGAGUGGAGACGUUGUGGCCCUGACCGUCUUGCUCAUGCAGCAGCAUCAGAACAACGACGCGGUCGUUUGCGCAGGCAUGGAAUUUCUUGGAGCGCUCGCUUACACUCUCUCUCAGGCUGGAUACGAACCUCUGCCUACGCUGGCGGACGGCUCUGUUCUGCGCGAUUGCGACGCGUUGAUGGGCUCGAACUCUUCGUCGGCUCGUCAGCUCGCGCACAUGCACAUGAUUGAAAAGAUGCUUCUGAGCAAGGCGUACAACGACGCGCUCAUCCAGGAGCAAGCUCUGAAGAAACUGACGAUGAGCUUGAAAGCCGAGGACGACAAGAAGCGCUUCUCAGACGAAGAGCGUGCAGGCCUGUACGCAGCGAUGGCUUGCGUUUUGUUGGCUGCUGGGGGAGCGGGGUUGACCGGGGAGAUGGAGAAGUUCAACGGCUUCGAGGUCGUUCUGCAAGCGAUUGAGGAGUUUGGCGAGAAUCCAACUGUGAUCAAGGAAGUGAAUCGCGCGCUCCAGGGUCUGUCGAUGGCCGACGUCAACAUGACCGCGCGGACUGUGAAAGAGGCUGUGCCGAAGCUCUGCACCGAAGCGACGACUGCGAUCCAAACUGAUGCAGAGUGUGCGGAUACGUUCUGCGACUUGAUGCUGCAGCUCGUGUCGCAAGAGGGGAAUGGGCGUCAGCUGCUGCAGGUGUACGGCUUGGAGGAGACGCUGCAGGGCGUCGAGAACUUGGCUGCGUACUACGGAGAAGACUUUGGAACGCAGCUCAGCGAGAAGGUCGCGAUGAUUCGGCAGGCGAUGGAGGACGACCAGCCCAGAGAGAAGACUUGCAAGGAUGUGUACGACCUGCUCAACUCGCGCGUGCAGCAGGGUCUGUCUGUGGCGAUCAGCGAAGUCGCGAUUCUGCAGGAAGAAGUCGAGUUCCUCGUCUCGCAAAUGGGGAUGUACAAUCAGGAGCAGCUCGACCACCAGACUGCGAUGGGCGCCGACCAUCAGUAUGGCAACAUGGCGUUCGAACUUCUCGCCGCGACUUCUGCAAACGUCAAACUCCUGCAAGCGAACGAAUUCUCCAAGAUGGAACUCGCGCUCAUCAAGGGACAGGCCGACCCAGAGAUCGUCUUGUACGCGGUCAAGGCCCUCACAGCCUUCUGCAAGUUUCCUCCCGCGGCGCAGGACACCGCGCGCAUUCAGGGAUGCCCUGCUCUCGUCACGGAAGCCUGCUCGAAGAUCAACAAGUCCGGUCUCCCCAACGAACGGAAAGAAGAACAUCUGUGCGCCAGAUAUUUCCUUGUUGAGAGAACUGCGAUCAACCGAAAUCUGUAUAACAAGACCCCAAUCAUGACGGAACUCAUCAACUCGUGGAACGACUACGACAAGGGUGCAUACACCACAACACUGCUCAGAUUCGUUUUCCGCGCAAUGCGCCGCGUUGUGUCUGACGCGCAUGUCGAGGAGCUGUUGAAGGCGAACGUCCUGCAGCGUCUGAUCGGCAUCAUCUCGGAUGUGAACGCGGACAUGGCGUUGCUUCCCGACGUCCUGUUCUUGCUUGGAAGUCUUGCAGUGGUUCCGGAAAUCAAGACGAAGAUUGGAGAGCUCAACGGCAUUGCCGCAUGCACAGACUUGCUCCAACGGGCGCUGCCGAAGCCCAAUACGGCGCCAGUGGUGACGAACGUCUGUCUCGCGUUCGCCAACAUUUGCAUUGGACACAAGAAGAACACCGAGAUCUUUUCCAAGCUCGGAGGCCCGGCGCUGAAUGUGAAAGUUCUUAACGACCGCGGUCACGAAUACGACGUCUGCAACGCCGCCUCAGUGUUGCUCUGCAACUUGCUCUACAAAAACGAGAGCAUGAAGAAACUUCUCGGAACCAAUGGAGCACCGGCUGCUCUCGUCAAGGGUCUGUCGAACUACGACGGGUCGGAGGAGAAGACGGCAAUUCGCUGUUUGGAGUCUGUUUUCAAAGCAAUCAGCAACUUGUCGCUGUACACACCGAACAUCCAGCCGUUCCUGGACGCCGGCAUCGAGAACGCGUACAGUACAUGGCUGAGCAACUUGAGUGAGACGUUCCCCGACGCGCAACUGGAGACAGGGUGCCGUACACUUGUCAACCUCGUGAUGGAGAACGAAGAGAACAACAUGCGAAAGUUUGGAGUCUGCCUGCUGCCUUGCAUGGCGGUCGCCAAGCAGGGACGAACAGACACGAAGGCUCUGCUGCUCCUGCUCGACAUCGAGGCCAGUCUUUGCCGUCUGAAAGAAAACGCAGAAGCGUUUGCCGCGAACGGAGGCAUCGAAACAACGAUUCGCUUGAUUCACCAGUUCGACUACGACGUCGGCCUCCUCACGCUCGGCAUUCACUUGCUCGGCAUUCAGAGCGCCGUCAAAGACUCCAUUCAAAGGAUGAUGGACGCGGAUGUCUUCUCCAUCCUUGUCGGAUGCGUCGAGGUCGACGCUGAAGGAAACGAAGUGACCGAUCUCGUCGUCGGUGGUCUGCGAUGCACCAGACGCAUUGUCCGCAGUGAGGAACUCGCUUUCGAAUACUGCAAUGCCGGCGGUAUCGCGACGAUUGCGAAUGUCAUUUGCAAGUCCAUCAACCAGCCGAUGGUGAUGUUGGAGGCUUGCCGCGUCCUCCUCGGACUUCUGUUCUACACAACUCGAAGCCAGGCGGAUCGCCAAGCAGCCGUCGAGGCGUUGCAUGCACAGUGCCAGCAGCGCGCUGAGCAAAUGCAUGCGCAGGCGCAGGCCGACUACGAGGCAGGAGUCGUCUCGGAACCUCCCCCCGAGGAAAUGGAGGUCCCUGAGCCCGAUCCUGAUGAGCUUGCCAACGCCGCCUACGGUGGAUGGUACCAGAUGGGCAUGGACGAAGUGAUGAUUGACGCCAUUCUGCAGGCCGUCUGUGCAUGCGCGGCAGUGGAGGCGCAUGCAAAGCAGCUGCGCCUGCAGCGCGUAUGCCUCGGCUUGGCCGCCUACUUCGCCUCAGAGCAGAUGGGCACCAGCAGUCUGGUCGGCAGCGGCAUCGAGCAGGUGCUCACACAGAUCAUGACGAACUUUGCAGGCGAGGGAACGACUAUGCAGCUCAGCUGCGUCAUCAUCAACUCGAUCGCCAUGACCAGUGGAGACAUGUACGAGGAAAUCAAAACCUCCGCGCUCCUCAGCGCCCUCAAGACCAGCGUUGGCAAGAUGGCGACCAAGAAGCCUGAAGAAAAGGCGCUGAAAGAGACUUGCGCCGCGACGCUCGAAGCCGCGUCUUCCGGCGAGGAUCCCUUCGACGCCUUCAGCAAGACCGUGACUGAACUGGACUUCAAAUUCACAGAAUGGAACGUCGACCCGUACCCCAACGGAGUCCACGAUUUGCCUUCGAACGUCAAGGAGGCGCUGCGCAAGGGAGGGAAACUCAAGGUCUUCUUGCCCGAAAAAGAAAAGGAAGAGAUCAGGUGGCGCAGUUCUCAGGAUCUCAACGUCUUUGAAUGGUGCAUGGGCAACGACCAAGAUUACAACAACCGCAUCCCCAUCGUGCGUAUUCGCAACGUUGCCAAGGGCCUUGUCCACCCUGCCCUGAAAGCAGCAGCGAAGAAGGAGCCGAGAAAAGUUGCUGCGAAGUUCACGAUGUGCUUGUUUGGGCCGCCAAACGACGAUUUCCCCGAGGGCGUUGAACUGCCCAUGGUCGCGAAGAGUCAGAAGGAACGCGACGCAUUUGUCGAGAUGAUGGUGCAGUGGCGUGACGCUGCAACGUACAAUUUUUAAGGGCAGUCUCUGGAGUCCGGCAGCCGCUGCGCCUGAGGACGCGACCGCAUGCUAGUCAACGCCGGACUUUGGGAGCCCAGGGUUGAAGAGCGUCGAAGCUCUGGAGACUUGCGCGCUCGUCGUCUCCGGGGAAGCAAGGGGGUGUGGACCCGUUUCCUUGGAGUUCGGCAAGUGUCGAACUGCGUGGUGAAGCGACUCGAGAGCACGCAGCAUGCAUGCGCGUCGAGGGAGCAAGGAACAGAAGGUUUCGGUGGCAGGCAAAGAAUCCCUGAGUUCGCCGUGGAACUCUGUGAGGGUGUUUGUGAGGAGACCGCGAGGUCUCUUUGGGGGUGGAAAGUGAGUCUCGGAUGUGGAGAACAUGUUUACAAACGAGGUGUAGAGCGGCAUUGUGCAUGCAAGUCGACCGCGACACCGUCCUCAUGCGUGAAGAGAGCGUAGGGGCGCUCCAAAAGAGAGGCCUUCGCUAUUUUUUUGGAAAACAAGCGCCCGCCCUCAUCGAGAGCCCAACGCGUUGCGCGACAGGGACUUUUAGAGAGGAGGAGAUCAGAAAAGAAGAAACGAUGGAUCAAAUGGUGAUUUUCUGUGUGUAUUUUUGGAUUUCUUCCCCGAGAAGGUCCAACCUACUCAGGUGCGGGAGAAAAACGUUGUCCCCGUGAGGUGGAAAAAAUCGCUUUACCGGGUACAUGAAAGAACUAGAAACGAUGGACUUCUGUUGUUUCAAGAACUGUUCGGUCACUCCGCGCGAAGACGCUCAUGCAUCCCAAAUAUAAGCAGAUACAGCGAAUACGGAGGACACAGCGGCAGACGAGGUGGAAUGACGGAACACACACAUCUGUAGAAAGCGAAAAAAAUGUGGAGAGGUGAAGUUUCCAAAAAACGGGGAUCCAAUCAGGUGUUGGAAAAAAGGAUUUUCCUCACCUUCACACACAUUGCUUUCACACUUAGCACCACGCCUAACGGCUUUCGGUAGCCGGAGAACACUGCCGGUCGCAGGGACAAUACAGUUCCUGAAGUAUGUAAAUGUAGAUUCCAAGAGUCGCGGAAGGCCGCGUGCGCUUCUCCACUUGUAAUACUCACUUCAGGCCCUGCCUCGAUUCACCGGACACCGUCGCUUUCUACGGUGGUGCCGUUUCCUUACGGGGAGUUGCGCUUCGCGGGUGUCGAAAGAUGCAACGGCCAACAGUCAGGAUCAGACGAUCAACGCGACUCAGAAACUCAUGCGACAGGGUUCUCGAGCUCUUU